AAACUGUUUUUAUUUGUUGGGCAGAUACUUUGCAAUUUACUUGAUCGCUUUUGGAAAUUAAAGAACAAAGUCAUUUCAAAUUUGGCAGGGACACCAUAAAAGUUACACCCAGUUAGGUUCAUGAUGAAUAAGAGGUGUUCUGAAUGAUGGGAAAAGGGGUAAACACUCUGUGUGUAUCACCUAAAGGGACUUGCCCUGGUUCAGAGAGUCCAUCAAAAAACAUGCUGUCAGCAGUUUUAGAUGGCUUGCACUAUCCAUCCAUUCACAUUGGACAUGAAACCACCCGGAAAUGAAGGGGGACAUUGAAGCGGAAUUGAGUUUGACAAAUGCCGCAUUGCUGCCUGAGGCACACCAUUUGUUGAACGCUCCCCAGCCAAUGCAGAGACAUGAAGCAGAUGGGCAGUUCCUGUGUACAUCCAAACUGGAAAGGUAUGCAUACCUGUCCGUACACACCAUCCUAUGGGUACACUGUAUGCUGGGGCAGAUUUUGUCGCAUGUACAGUGUAACUGUAGGUAAUGUACGGUGUAGAAUGCGCCUUGCUUGUUUUCAGAUUACAUAUCAAUUGCAAUUGUGCAACGUCUUUCCACUUCUAGAUAAUAUUUUCCAUACAAAAAUUUAUGCAUGCAACAUAUACAUGUACAUGUAUAUUCUUGUGAUGCAGAGGUGAUCACGAAAAGAAUUGUAGGUUACAUUGUACGGUUUGGUCCCCUGGGAUGACUUUAUAGAAAGUAGGGACACAUGGAAUCUCCGAGCAGAAUAUGUGAUUUAGACUGAAUAAAAAAUUAUUAAAAAAUGUACAUACUAUAGUAUAAUUUGUGAACAUUAAGGACAGCAACUUUUGUACUUCAUGUAUACACUGCAUGUAUGAAUAACUUUAUUAUAUUCCAUUAAUUUUUUUCCUUUUAUGAUUUUAGCCUUCAAAAACAUACAUGUACAUGUAACUUCCCUCCCCCAAAGAGGGACAUCCCCUUAUUUGUCACUAUGUGUAAUGUACAUGUAUACUGAGGGAGACACUGGAACAUGUAAUAUUUCUGGAAGGGCAGGACUUGGCUUGUCAAGAUCCAUUUUUCAUGUAGGAAUGUUAAUCACAAGGCUAUUUAUAUACAUAAGUCUUUUCACGCAUCGUAUAUAAAUACACGGGAUACUAUACUGUAUAAUUGUAUAUAUGCCAUAUUCUUUUUCUAAUGAUAGAAUUCUUGUUGCUUGUACAUGAAGAUGAUCACUUGAUUUCAUUAGCCAUACAAGUACUCUUUUUGGGAGGGUUUGUGUGUGGGGGGGGAUUCUGCCUUGCUGAACUUUACAGAAAUUUAGUUUACAUUACACUAGUUUUCCUUGUAAAUUGUGACGUUUCAUUUUGAGAGUGUGGAAAAGAUAAAAGAGGGGACAGUUUUGUGUAUACAUCAGCCACAACAACACUUACCUGUAGUCAAGACAUUUAAGACCAGCACAAGACCCUACAAGACCAUCACAAGACCAACACAACACCUCCAGUCUGAAUUCAAGUCACUGCAAAAGCAGUCCUUUUUCACUGUUUACCCUGUGACUUGUGGCUGGUCUUGUGAUGGUUUUGACUACAGCACUGAACUGUUCCCUCUUUUGACUUUCAGUCUGUCAUGAAAGGCUCCACCCUGAAAGAGGAUCAGCUCCCACCCAUAAUCAGAACUUACAUGUAAUUCUCAGUGGUUUACUGGCAAAUUCAAAUAUUAUUCUUUGCCUGAAUAGAACUGUGCAUGUUAAGAAGUUCCCAAUGACACACUUAACAGGGGAUCACAGUUAGACCGAAUCUGUAUAAACCUUUAUCUGGUCUGAGAAGGAUUAUUCACAAGGAGAAUGGUUUAAUCUUAAAUUCUAAUCCCUUAAACCAAAUGUCAUUGAGCGUACCUAGCCAUCCCCCCCCCAUCAGGGACAUGCGAUGGCUAUGAUGCAUUCUGUGCUUCAUGGAAACACGAUGUAUCAUUAAAGUCAUAUAAUAUUGAUCCCGAUGAAAGGACACUUCAGCUCUGGUGGACAAGUGUCAAAUGAAUACAUAGUCAUUAAAUAUUUCACACGUUGUCUCAUACAAGGUUUCUGUAUUGAAUGCUGCAGUCUGGCACGAAUCUAAGUUGACACACUUUCAAUGGUCAGGUCUCCAAUGGAAACUAGACACAGCAGGCCUGCUUCAUAAUCAGCUUAUAGCUCAAGUUGCGUAACACCCUCCACUUAAAUUCAAAGGGCCGCUUGGCCCUUGUGGUCUUCAAUUGCCGACCACCAUCAAUGAUACCGUUAGCCAUUGUCCCGGCCACUCAUGGCCUGAAUGGAGAGGAGGUUGUCUGAAGAAGAGAGCACACAAAUUUGUCAAUGCCUGCUGUUCCCCUCAGGGAAAGUUCAGGAAGUUGUACAAUUUCAGGAGUUUAAAUUUCCCUCGCUUUUGGUGCCGAGAUGAUGGAUUGUUCUCGAUGCAACAUUUCCUUUUUGGGAAGAAUCUGUAGUCGACUUUGUCUAAGCCUUGGUUUUGGAUGCUGUUGACCAUUUGAAAUCCAUGGCAGGAGAGUGUGGAUGAUAACUGUAUUGGCUGCCAGUCGUGAAAGAUUUGUUACAUCAAUCCUUCAUCUCUUUUAAUCAUUCACUGCUUAGCACUCCACCUCUGCAGGAAUUCAAAGGAACUGAUACAGUGUCAAGUGGUGAAUUGGAAAAUUCAUUCAUUGAGUGGAUGCCAUUGGGUGCAAGAAGCUCCAGCACCGAUAGAGGUUUAAUCACAGUGGAGCUCAUACCGAGGGAGACCUACAACACCUGCAGGCCAUCCAAAGUUGGCACAGGGGAGAACAAGAUGAAGAUUUCACUGCAUCAGUUGCCUUGAGAAACAGCACUGGGUUUGGUUUGCAUUGUCUGAGAACAGCCAGCAAAGCCGGUUCCAGUUCGGGGAAAAGGGGUUAAUGGCUGUGAGUGGAGCAAAAACAAGUAAUGAAACUGCAACUAUCCAGAUGUAAAGGUUAUCCCUUUGGAUCAACAAGUGCAGGCCACUACUGCUAGAUGUUAACAGUUUGUUGAAACUGACAGGGUUGAAAAGGUGACAUUUCCCCUAAUCAGUUGACACUGUUUUGGAAUCAGGAGUCACAGAUGCUGUCACCAAUACAUGGUGGCUGUAUGAAUUUCACCAGCCUGUCUAAUUGCAGAAUUGACUGUGCAUAUGGAAUGUGGGCCGAUUUAGAUUGCAGCUAGGCAGUUAGCACCCUGUCAUGCCCUUUGUUCAACCCACCUAAGGAAUGACAGAUUGAGUUUGCAAAGUAGGGUCUGAUUUUUCUGUAAAUUGACCAUUGUCUCCAUGCGUCUCGCACAUUGGACCUUCGCGAUUCUGUUUGUCAAGAACCGUGGCAAUCCACAGAGGUUUUUUGUCUUAAAGGUCUUGGGGUCAACAGGAUAGGGUUUGUGGAACCGUUAUGGCCUUCUACAGUACUUGGCAGGGGAUACUCAGAUGAAAAGCAAAUGAGACGCUCAAAACUGUGUCAGGGGGAGUGGAGUGCUUCUUAAAUAUUGACGCUUCAUCACAUGCACUGCUGUUUGUACAUAAGGAUAAUUGGAAGGUACAUGUACAUGAAUCGGCAGUGUAUUGUACUGCUCCUCAGUAAAGUUAAUCACACAGUACUGUUGAAACCAAUUCUGGAAAGACUUGGCAAAGUCAAAGUACAUGUACAUUUCUCAGUUAGCAACAUGGAGAACUCCUUCCUGGGGAUUUUGGUGAUUGAUGACAACGUUAUUUCAAUGCAGUGACAGCCUGAGUGGUUGUCUUCAUGACAAGCGUCACCUCACACACUCCCAGGCUCCGGAGGGCCAGCAGCAAGCCAACGGCAGCGGGCCCACGGAGGCCGUUCCACCUGCCCAAACUCGAUCAGCCUACCCCCAAGGGGGUGCCCGAGAGGGCUCGCUCCGACCCGCCUCCCAGAUCGUCCAAGCGGCAAUCAAAGAAGCAUGCUAACCACUCUGCAGAGCCCAGAACUCUGGAAACCACAACUAAAAUCAGUCUGACCAAUGUCAACACAAAUGGCUCUACCUCAGCACCAGUCAGAGGCAUGCGGAGAAACAGUAGGGGCGACGGCAGCGAAAACAAGGUUGAUGGACCCCGGAAGACCAGCCAGGAGUCGCUUGGCACUGUGAAGAGUCGGACUUCACAGACCUCGUUUGAAUCGGACCUUGGUGAGGCCACCUGCAAGAUCGACGAGAGCCUGCGCUGGGACAACGUCUGCUCAGACCCUGAGCAGGAGGCUGAGCGGAUCCGGGUCUACAAGAUCAACCGCCGCAAGCGCUACCUGGCUGAGUCGCUGCGCAAGAGGCAGGACAAAGAGAGUGUGCUGAGCUUUGCCAAGGAGAUCGCCGCCUGUGAGGACCGGUGAAAGACAGCCGUAGAUUGGAAGUUCAGGGAAGAACUUAGUUGGUUUUGUGCUGUUUUGAAGCUGAUUAGAGGAACCAGGCAUGUACAUGUAUGUCUGC